GAGCGGAAGUCAUUCGCGACCAGCGAAAGGUUCACGUUACUUGCAGGAACAUUAAAGAAAGGAGGAAAAGCGGGUAGCGGCUAUCAACACUGAUUUUAUUCAGGAAAGGUGUCAUAUAAUCUACAGACGCUGGUAUCUCAGUGUUCGUCUCCCCCUCAAGCCACUGGCGAAGUUCAUCGUGGAAUGUGCUGGCAACAGUGACUGGUUCAGCGGCAGCGGUGCCAACAGCAGUCGUCCCAUGAGUUUUCUUUUGGCCUGAGCUGUCUGCUUUGGGCUCUGGACUGGUUCGUCUGGAUCUCUGUGCCUCUGGCGCCACAGUCAUGGAUCACCCCAGAGAGAAGGAGGGCGAGAGGCCGGUCAGGAGCAGUAAAGUGGCCCAGGGGCGCAGCGGGCACUCGCGGCCCUCCAGCUCCUCCACGUCCUCUGGGGUCCUUAUGGUUGGACCGAACUUCAGAGUUGGCAAGAAGAUCGGCUGUGGCAACUUUGGAGAGCUGAAGCUCGGAAAGAAUCUCUAUACAAAUGAGUAUGUUGCAAUAAAGUUGGAACCUGUGAAAUCGAGGGCCCCACAGCUACAUUUGGAGUACCGGUUCUACAAAACAUUAGGCAGUGCAGUAGAGGGUCUGCCUCAGGUCUACUAUUUUGGGCCCUGUGGGAAAUAUAAUGCCAUGGUUCUGGAGCUGCUCGGCCCUAGUCUUGAGGAUCUCUUUGACCUGUGUGACCGAACAUUCUCCCUCAAGACCGUCCUGAUGAUCGCCAUUCAGCUGAUAUCACGCAUGGAGUAUGUGCAUUCUAAAAACCUCAUCUAUAGAGACGUGAAGCCAGAGAACUUCCUCAUCGGUCGACAAGGAAACAAGAAGGAGCACAUCAUUCACAUCAUAGACUUUGGCCUUGCGAAAGAAUACAUUGACCCAGAAACCAAAAAACACAUUCCUUACCGGGAGCACAAGAGCCUUACCGGCACAGCUAGAUACAUGUCUAUUAAUACACACUUAGGGAAAGAGCAAAGUCGGAGAGAUGACCUUGAGGCCUUGGGUCACAUGUUCAUGUAUUUCCUCCGGGGUAGUCUCCCUUGGCAGGGACUAAAAGCUGACACACUGAAGGAACGCUACCAGAAGAUUGGGGACACAAAGCGAAACACUCCCAUUGAGGUUCUCUGUGAGAACUUUCCUGAGGAGAUGGCCACCUAUCUACGCUAUGUCCGGCGGUUGGAUUUCUUUGAAAAGCCAGAUUAUGAAUACUUGCGGACCUUGUUUACGGAGUUGUUUGAACGAAAAGGAUAUACCUUUGAUUACUCGUACGACUGGGUUGGCAGACAGAUUCCCACACCGGUGGGGUCGGUCCACGUGGACUCAGGGGCAUCUGCCAUCACGCGUGAGAGCCACGCACACAGAGACAGACCCUCCCAGCACCAGCCCUUAAGGAAUCAGACGGCCAUCUCCGACCGCAGAGGAGCUUGGGAGGUGCAGCCCAACCGCCAGACAAACUCCUCCUACCUGACCUCGCACCUGGCAGCGGACAGGCACGGAGGCUCAGUGCAGGUGGUGAGCUCAACUAAUGGUGAACUGAAUGCAGACGACCCGCUGGCGGCCCACUCAAACGCACCAAUCACAGCGCAGGCAGAAGUGGAGGUGGUGGAUGAGGCCAACUGCGUGAAAAUGCUCAACCUGUGGUGCUGCUGUUUCUUCAAGAGGAAGAGGAAGAAGAACACUCAACGGCACAAAUGAACCUCCGGCCUCUCCGCACAGUCCGUUCCUUUGGUUGUUUUUAGAGCGUUCAAAUAAAGAAAUUUUACAAGACGACAACAGCGAGCCCUCCAAUUGAGUUGGGGACCGAUGUACGAGGAAUGCACACGUUGUCUCUGUGGGGAUUGUCUUUGUUUCGUUUCGUUUGUUUUCUUCCACAUCUUAAUUUAGGCAGCGACGGGCCUCAUCCUCAGACUGUCUCUAGGAUCUCAAAGCACUGAAACAGCACUGCACUUCCUUUGCUGUUUUGCUUCUUUUUUCGUUCCCCUCGUCGGUGGACGUGCUGGGGAGGAAGUCUCUGAAUGUGCCCUCUCGUCCUCUUCCUCCGUGACAGGCACAGUUCUAGCCCUUUGUGUGACAUAGAGAGAGGGAGAGAGACAAAGUCGCCCAUGCUGGAGCUCGAACCGCAGACCUUUUCCUCCCCCGAGGACCUCCCAGCCCACUUCCACUCCACACGAGACGAGACGGUGGCUUUUUGAUUUCACUUAACCCUUUUGAAAUGUUUGUUUGUGUAGUUGUUGGCUGAUUGUUGGUUCUCAUGCUGCCAGAAAGUGGUCGAAGCCUUAGAAUAUGACUAGCAGAUUUCUUCGUCGUAUCUAUCGGAGUGAUUUAACGUACAUGAGCAAAAAGCGCAAAACAGAUAACUGUCGUAAUGAUGCUAGCUGGCCUUUACACGUGAACUUUGUGAAAGCGUGACAUAAGCAGCUGUUUCCAGUGGUAACGAUGAGCGGCGCUCGUCAUGCGCGUCUCCGUUCCACUGACUAGUAUUUAAGCUGCUUGUUCUAAAGCACUCCUCCCACUUCAACCCACCAGCCAGUCAUGCUGCUUUCUCCUCUUACGAUAUCAUACCGCUUUGACGUAGAGCUGGCUGCUUUUCUAUUGGCUGAGGUGGCCAGUAAGACUUUCCUUCUGCGCUUUUGUAUCUUUCGGUCCAUGUAGUCACUUAUUAUUCCCACGACCAGUUCCUAAUAGAUGUUGUUUUUUAUGCCUGAAAACUGCUAAUUCUUCAGGAUGAGAAUAACGUUUCAUGUGCCAGAGUGGCUUGGAAAACACCUCAACUUGGUCAUAUUAA